AUGGUAAAAAGUGAAAAAUCUAUAAAUUUACAAGCAAAAGAGCUAGGAGAAAUUUCAGGUGUUAAGGCAGUAUGUUGGACAGGUGCUAAACAGAGAACUGGGAAGUCUUUAAAGAAGCUGGAUGAUACAAUCAGGAGACUAUGUGUUGUAACAGAGAAGUACAUUUUUGUGGAUGAUGCUGAAACAUUCGAAGCUGUGGUGGAGCAUCUUGAAAUGGAAACAAUAAUAGCUUUGGAAUUUGAAGGUGUUACUUUUGGUGUCUGGAGAAAAAUUAGACUAAUAAACAUAGCAACAUGGCAAAGAACCUUCCUUCUUGAUCUGCAAGCUCUUGAUACUGUGUUAUUUAUCAAGAAAAUGAAGGGAAUUUUAGAAUCAGAAUACAUAUUAAAGGUGAUUCACAAUUGCCGGCUUAUUUCAGCAAUUCUUCUUCAGGAUUAUAGCAUAAUGCUAAAGAAUGUAUUCGACACACAGGUAGCUGAUCUCUGUGUUGCACUUAAUAAGUACCAGGAACUACCUCUCUUUGUCCGAAGUCUACCUGAUUGUCUUAAUCUUUACUUGGAUUUACCUGAAGUGCUUAUUCAUCGACCAUAUGUGCGAGAUGGCUACAUUGAUACGGAUCUCUCUUCUUGGAUGAACCGACCACUCCACCUUGCUCUUCAGCAGGAGGCUGUGAAAAAUGGAGUGUUCUUACUUUUACUUCAUGAUAAACACAUGGUUCUAAGUGAUGAAGCUUUCAAACAUGGAUGUAAUAUUUAUCUCAGCAUUGGACAUAAGAUGAAGAAAAGUGAAAUUGCUGCUUAUCUGCCAAAAAUAUUCAUGGUACCUUCUGAUAUGCUGGAAGUGAUGCAUAUGGUUCGUGGUGGUUCUGGAUAUUAUGUAUGAGCAACAAGAUACCAAAGGCAUAC